UUGGUUAUAUACAGAAUGAUUACCUUUGCCAAAGAACACUUGAAGAACCAUCUUUUUAAAGUGUGUAGAGCAAAACAUUCAAAUAAAGCCAUUUCAGGUAGCAGUACUGAGGAAGCAGGAGUGAAACAUACUUCAAAUUCUGUGGUACUGUGAUAUAUGUGGAGAGUAUUAAUACUGUCCAGCUUUAUUUUUAGUAAGUAUUUUUUAUACAGUCAUCAACUGAGAUUUAAUGUAAACUGAAAAUAGAGUGCAAUCUGUCUAAAACUGCAGGGAAGAGGUUUCUGUACAGGUAAGAUUAUUCAGCUUGAUUGACUGAGACAUUAGCAGCAUUGUGGUGUGCAAGUAGCACUUAUUGGCAUUGUGACUGAUGGAGAAUAGUGUGGCUGGCAUUGUGACUGAUGAGUGUCUUAUGUAUAUAGAGGUGCCAAGAAGGACCAGAAGGUCUUGAUGAUCAAGAGUGGUUUUGCUGAAUUACCUUCAUUGCAUUUAGUCCUGUCUGUAUUUAAUUAAUUACAGAGUAGAUUCAUAAAGUGAAUGCUGUAAGUCAGUUUACAUGGAGUGUGCAAACGUCAGCUGGGACGGUGUGUGAAAUGCUAAUAAGAACAGAAAAUAUUUAUAUAUUACUAGAAUCUGUUUGACCUGUAUUCAAACAAAAGCAGUACUAAAACUUGGAAAUUGGUCUUUUUGCCUUACAGACUUCAUUGUUUUUCAUUCAUUCCAGAUUUGAUGCCUGCAAAAUGUUCUAUAAAAUUCUUUUUAACGGCAGUUAAUAAUCAUGUGGAGACUUAUGACACCAAUUUAUUCACUUUGCUUGCCUUUUUGCCACGCAUCUGUUGUUCAAGUCCUUAGCUGCACAACUGUAUAGGGCCAUUGUCAAAUUUUGUGCAUCAUAAUGCAGGGCACAUUUUCAGUGGGAGGCAGAUCUGGGCUCCAGGCAGGCCAAUCUAGCACCCCUGCUUUCUAUUUUCACAAUCAUGCUGUUGUAAUAUGUGCAGAAAGCAGCUUGGUGUCGUUAUGUUGAAAGAAGCAUGUAUGUCACUGAAAAAGGCUAGAAGACUGCUUAUGUUGCUCCAAAGUGUAUACAUCUUUCAGCAGUAAUGAUGUAUUCACAGACACACACUCCUAUACCAUGACAGAUGCUGGCGUUUGAACUAUAUGCUGGUACUAAUCUGGAUGGUGUUUUUGUUCUUUGGCCCAGAGAACACAGCCUCCAUUAUUUGCAUAGACAGUCUGAAAGCUUUUCUUGGCAGACUACAAAACACCAUCCACUGUUCCUCCGUCCACUGGGCACCAGAUGGGCCCAGAGUCCAGAGAAGUCAUCAGUGUUUCUGAACAUUGACACAUGGCUUCUGCUGUGCAUAGUACAGUCAUAAGUUGUCUUUGUGGAAUAGUGAAUUCAUCACAGAAACAUGCCAGUUUUUACUGCAGAGCCGUCUGAGGGGUCGAUUGGCUUGCUCAUGGGGGCUUUGACCCGGAUUGUUCUGUAAAGCUGCUUGGCAACAACACCUGUUGUAAAAAGCGCUAUAAAGUAAUAAUAAUAAUAAGUUACAUUUAUAUGGCGCCUUUCACAAGCCCAAACUUUGACUUGACUUUGAGCUGCUCUCAAAUAGCUAAUUGUUUGCUAAUGCAUUUUAAAUUGGCCAAGGCUUGACCAAUCCUUGCUCAUAAAUGUGCUAGACACCUCCAAGACCAUAGUUCGCUACCCCUGGUCGCUCUUCUGGAUGCUCCUUUUAUACUCAAGCAUGAUUGCAUCACCUGUUUAACAAAUUAUUUGAACAUUUCCUGUCAUGUCUCAACAAUCUUAGCUUAUUUUAACAAAACAAUGAAGUUUGUAAAGUAAAACAUUAAAUAUUGUGUCUUGGUAUUUUUUGUUUAAAUACUGGUCAAAGUGGAUUUUCAGAUUAUUACUUUCUGUUUGUAUUUGCAUUUCACAAACUACCACAGCUUAUUUGGAAAUUGAGGUUUGUAUUUUAGGUAAUGAAAUUUCUCUUCUGCCACAGACGUUGAACCCUGGACUUAUGUUUUGUGUUAGAAUUUGUUUUUUGUUGUUUUUUGUUAGCUGUUAUUUCAAUAUUGACUUUUGCAAUACUGAUAUUGUAGAUGUCUCCAAAAUGCAAAUGAGCCCUCUGGACAAUUGUUUCUUUUUUUUAUUUUUUUUAUUUAUUUAUUUAUUAAGAUUAUUUGUUCUGUUAGCAUCUUCAUCAAUCAUAGUACUAGGUGAGAGUUUGUGCAGGAGUUUUGAUGAAUCAACAUAUGCCUCUUUUCCAGGGAAUCUGCACCUGGUGCUAGUUCUGAGACCAACCAGCUUCUUCCAGCGCACCGUCACAGACCUUGGCUUCCGCUUCAGUCAGGAAGAUUUCAUGCUCAAAAUGCCUGUAGUGAUGUUGAGCUCUGUCACUGAUCUGCUGCGCUACAUUGAUGAGAAUCAGCUGACGUCGGAGUUUGGAGGCACUCUGGACUACUGCCACAGCGACUGGAUCGUCCUCAGAACAGCCAUCGAGAGUUUUGCAGUGACGGUGAAGGACAUAGCUCAGAUGCUGCAGGCCUUUGGAACAGAGCUGGCUGAAACACAAUUACCUGAGGAGAGCUGUGCCAUUGAGCUGCUGCUGCUCUCACACACUGAGAAGUACAGGAGACUGAAGGAUGUUAUCAAGUCGGUUAUGAGGGAGGGGCGGCACCUGCUGUCCAGUCUAGAGGCUUCUGGGAAGGAAGAGGAUAAAGACACACACUGGGAUAUAUCACAGGACUGGGACACAGUGCAAAGACUACUAGCCCAGCUGAGAGACAUGGAGAUGGCUUUUGAUGGUUUCUUCGAUAAGCACCACCUCAAACUGCAGCAAUACCUGCAACUGCUGAGAUAUGAGCACAGCUUCCAAGAGAUGGAGAGCUGUUUAGACAAGCUGAGUGCUCAGGAGAGGAAGGUGUUCAUCACUGGAGACACACUGGCCCAGACAGAUCAGACUAUCAGAGAGCUGAAUAUCUUGGAGAAAAGAGUCAUGGAGGAAAUGGCCCGUGCCCAGGUGAUGAUACUGCAUGGUCACCAGCUGGCUGCAGGACAUCACUAUGCCAUGGCAUUGAUAAUCCAGCGCUGCAAUGAACUCAGACACCACUGCGACACACUGAGUUCUGCCAUCAGUGCUAAACACAAAGCACUUACUCAAGUACAGACUUUACUGCAGCGCCUAGAGGAGGCCCAACGGUGGUGUGAUGAGGGCACUUACCUUUUGGCCAAUCAACUGGUAGAUAAGGUGCAGUCUAAAGAAGGUGCUCAGGCAGCUCUGAAAGAUAUUGAGAAGUUUCAGGAGGGGGCGCCAGCGCUCCUUAGUGCAGGCUCCGACCUGCUCUUUAUGGAAUAUGAGAUUGUGCUCACUUCUCAGCUGCAGAGCCACAUAGAGAAGACAUUUGAGAAGCAUGCCUCGGUGCAGAAUCUGAUCCAGGCUAGACAGAACUGUCUGAAGAAACUUGCAGACAAACACGUGAGGCCAGUUCAGCUGGUGGCCCCUCGACCAGAGAACCCACCCCGCUCCAAGUCCCCAAUCUUCUCUCCCAAACAUGAUUUUAAUUCCAGCUUAAAGUUCACCUUUGACCUUUCACUACCAGGCAAACGAACGUCACGAAAAUGCCCCAACUCCAGAAAGAUUGAGGUGAUGCAUGAGUAUCAGAACCACAGCUCACUGCCCUACAUUGUAGAUGGGGAGGACAGUGCAGACCUGCUGAAACGGCAUGUGAUGAAGGAGCUGAUCGAAACAGAGAGAAUAUAUGUAGAAGAGCUUCUGGCUGUGCUGCUGGGCUACAGGGCUGAGAUGGACAACCCCUCGCUCUCUGCUCUCCUGCCCACCAGUCUACGCAACAAGAGAGAUAUUCUGUUUGGAAACAUGCCUGAUAUCUACAAUUUUCACAGCAGGCUCUUCCUGAAGGACCUGGAGAGCUGUCUGGAGCUGCCUGAGGCUGUGGGAGCAUGUUUUCUAGAGCGGAAAGAAAACUUCAAAGUGUAUGAAUGUUACUGCCAGAAUAAGCCACGAUCAGAGUCCUUAUGGAGACAGUUUUCUGACUGUGCCUUUUUCCAGGAGUGCCAAAAGAAACUGGAACACAAAUUGGCUCUAGAUUCAUACCUGUUGAAGCCAGUCCAGCGCCUUACCAAGUACCAGCUCUUACUGAAGGAGUUACUGAAGUACAGCUCAGGUUGUGAGAGGGUUUCUGAACUGCAGGGGGCACUAGCUGCUAUGCUAGACUUGCUCAAAUCUGUUAAUGACUCCAUGCACCAGAUUGCAAUCACAGGAUAUGAGGGUGAUCUGACUGAUUUGGGCCGGGUCCUGAUGCAGGGCUCCUUCAGUGUGUGGAUUGGUCAUAAAAAGGGUCCUACGCGGAUGAAGGAUCUGACGCGCUUUAAGCCCAUGCAGAGGCACCUUUUCCUGCAUGAGCGAGCACUGCUGUUUUGUAAGCGUAGGGAGGAGCACGGCGAGAACGCUGACAAAACCCCCUCCUACAGCUUCAAACACUGUCUAAAGAUGAGUGCGGUGGGCAUCACAGAGAAUGUAAAAGGAGAUGUGAAGAAGUUUGAGAUUUGGUACAGUGGCAGAGAGGAGGUGUACGUGGUGCAGGCACCAACAGUGGAGGUGAAGCUAGCCUGGCUGAACGAGAUGAGAAAAAUCCUUACCAACCAGCAGAAAAUACUCAAAGAGGAAUUGUGUCACUUGAGCCCGCUGGCUGAGCAGAUGCAGCUGUCUCCACCCCUCUCUGAGAGCAAACAGCAGAGAGCGUCAGUCAGCUCGGAGGAGACAGAGUCAGGCCGCAGCAGUCCAGAUCCAGCCAGCCACUCUCCACAGCACCAGCGCAACAGGCGCAGCUGGCCAGGUGCUCCACACUCUGUUGAUAUCUGUGAGGGUCUGGAGGACUGGAGUGGAGCUAACAGCCUCUCCAACCUGACUGACACUGAGGAAGAUGACUCUGCUCAGUGGACCCCAGGCAGGUACAGAGCCUUAGCAGACUGCCGCAGAUACGGGCCUGAUGACCUCAUCAUCAAGUGUGGAGAUGUCAUACAGCUGCAGCAGGAGGAGAAUGACGGCCAGUGGCUGGUGAAGAAUCUGAGCCGAAGGCAGGAGGGCAGGAUCCCUGCUGCCAGCCUGCAGAUCAUUCUGGGAAACAGCAGCAGAGGGCGGUAUAGCCGUCUGGGAGAAGCAGGGACUCGGAAAGCCCGGAAGCUCAGCUCUCCCUGAAGCUACACAUCUGAUGCUGUUUGGACUAACUGUUGCCCUCAGUCUAACCAGCCUUACAGCUGUGUGAACUCUGUCCACCACGUCUGAACAUUACUGCUGUACUUUAUUCUACGUUCUCCUGUCUGGGAUUUUUCCUGGGUUUGUCUUCCAGCUAGAUGUUUUUUAAUGUCAGGCACUGACAAAUGGAUCAGCAGGUUUAUUGUACUGUACAAGCUCUUGCCAGCAUUUUGGGAUCAGAUGAGAUCCCUCUGUCUUUUUCCUUUUCCUCUGGCUGCUGUGGACCUCACCUUCAGUUACAGAAGGUCCAACAUCUUCAAAAUGCACAUCUCAUUUGAUGUAGUCAUCUGUUUCUCAGUUAACACAUUUCAGUCCUCCUGACCCUAGUGAACUCUGGAGUGUUCUACCAGCUGUAGUGUGGCCCAUCAUUAUCCUUCCAGAUGUGGCCUUCUGUUGCUGUGACCAUCCUUUCACCUCUUUUUGCUCUCCUCCUCACAUAAACACUGGCAAGUCUCCAUGGACAUUCUUUAAUUAGGCUGUUGACAAUUAAUUGGGUGUAUAAUCAUGUUCUGGCUUCCCAACCAUGUGUGUUGAAGGUGCUGAUUGCUGUACUCUAUGCAUUUGCUCCUCAUAUGCUUCAGACAGACACUCUUCUUUAGCUCUUUGAGACCUUUAAGGCCAAAAAGUGUAGUGCCAUAAUGCCUUUCUUUACUCCCCUACACUGAUUGGCCAAUAUAUUACCUUCUAUCUGCACUCACUGGCUGCUUUAUCAGGUACACCUCCCAUAUAUGUUCUCUUUGUAGGUUUACAAUUGCUGACUGUAACCCAUCUGCUGUAUGUUUUAUGAGCUAUCCUCUGCCCCGAAACUCACUGAAAAGGGACCACCACAUCAGAUAUUAUUUGGCUUAUGGACAGUCCUGGGUGGAAGUGCAUGUUACAGUUGUAUUAUAAACAUUGCGGGAGUUUUUAAACACUGUGCACACUUACUGGCCAUUUUAUUACAAACACUACCUUGUUGGUUGAUACUCUUUGUAAGUGUGCAGGUAGACUGUACUCUUUUUUGCCAUGCACAAGUACUCGUUUUAGGCUAUUUCUGAACACAGGACCACUGUUGCCUAGAUUAUUCUGGUGGUAGGACUUUUUCCAUCCCAGCAGCAAAAAUUCAUUGUGUAAAUAUUUCAUAACACCACCUGCCUCAUGCCACAACAACCACGUCCAUACCACAACCAUAAAGGUAGUCUCUUUUCAUUAAUAAAAUAAAUGGUGCAGCAACACAUGGGCUAUGGUCAGUAGUUGAAUACCUGCAAAGAGCCUCAUUAUGAUAGGUGCACCUGAUAAAAUGGCCAAUGAGUGUAGGUACAAGGUACACCGGCAACUCGAUGUACAGUAUUGUAAAAAAGUUAGAGACCACGCUUAAUUGGUUUCAUUUCCAGUCAGAAGAGUCUUUCAGUACACGUUAUUUAUUUUUCAGUAUCAGCAAAAAAGCAGAAAAUAUAUGUAACAGCAGAUUUUAGCAACGUAUGAAAUGUAUAUAAUAUCAAAACGUUCGGUACUUAAUGUGUCCAUGCAUUGCCUUUUUUUACAGCUUCCAUUCUUUUAGGGAGAGUUGAUUUCAGUUUUUUUAGUGGAUGAAAUCUGCAGGGAUAUUUUUCCACACCUCCAAAAUUCAGUCCCAGAAGUUGGAUGCAUUUUCUUCCUCUCACAGUCCAAAUAAUCCAUCUGGGGUGACCAUUCCAUUGUUUUAAGGACAACAGCAGCUUCUUUGUUUCAUUUGUGUUAACUUCUCUAAGUGGAAGGAUAGAUCUAAAACUAAAGAGAGCUUGAUUUCCUAACUCUGACAGAUGAAAGUUUUAAGUACAGUUUAUCUGAAAAUUGACCGUUUUGGUGGUGUGCCAGGUUUUGCAUCGGCAUUAAUAGUUUAAGUCUAGCUGUCGAUUUUCUUUGACCCCCCCCCCCCCUUUAAUAUAUAAUUAUUUAUAUCUUUGAUGAAUAACUUUGAUGAAUGCUUAGUGGUCGUUUUGACUGGACAUAAAAUAAAUGAAAGGUGGUCUCUGACUUUUGCACAGUGCUAUAUAUCUCAUAUUCUCUAUUACUUGCAGAAGUUGAUUAGCAAUGUUGUGUGUAUAAGUGCAGCUCUCCAAACCUCAGAAAUGAGUUUUAAAAGCACUUUAAUUAAACUAUAGGUCGCAGGAUCCACUGGAUAUUUUAAAAGUGUGCAUGUCUACAAGUCCUGAAUGAGCCUACUCUUCUAAAAGCACUCACAGACUGCUGGUUUGUUGAGCAUUAAUGUAGCCAUGCCUUCAUCAAGCCUGUGGGUGUGAAGUUGAUGAUUAACUAAGAGACGAGGGCCCAAGCUGGCCCAUAGAUUAACACACAAGUUGAACUGCAGCAGGUUCCCCACUCACGUGUGUGUGUGUGUGUGUGUGCUCCCUAAUCUAGGCUUCCUAUUAGAGAUCAUACCGCAAACAUGAAAUGUACCCACUGUGUCGAGCGCUUAAUUAAAUAUUGAUUGCAGACUUAUAUGAAUUUACCACAUCAAAUCAAGCCCCCAGUUGGAGGGCUGCCUUUGAUAUACCAGCGUUUGAAGUGGAAAUGAGUUCAGCGACGCAGCAGGAGCAGCUCCAAAGUACACAUUUCUUAUGUUAUUAAUUUAUUUAUUUUGCUAUCAAGUUAUUCUCUUGCAGUGCUCUGCCAGCCUCUGGAAAUCAUGUCUCUAUAACGUUAAACACACUGCGACUGGCAAUACGGGAUAUUCUAACUGUACACCUUGCAUUACUUCUGAAUUAAUAUGCCUGAGUAGCUUUAUGUUAUGUUAUUAAAUUAUUGGUUUUAAUGGGAAUAUGUAUGCAAAUUGACUUUAUUGUGAAUGUAGCAAUGUUAUCUGUUACAUUUUUGUA